AGCAGUUCACCGUGCUGUGGAUCCUGUUCGCCAGCAUCGUGCUGGGCAACGCCGCCGUGCUCGUCGCGCUGCUCGUCAACAAGGCGCGCAAGUCGCGCAUGAACUUCUUCAUCAUGCACCUCGCGCUCGCCGACCUCUCCGUGGGCGUCAUCAGCGUCUUGACUGACAUCGUCUGGAGGAUGACCGUCUCGUGGAAUGCGGGCAACGCUGCCUGCAAAAUCAUUCGGUUCCUGCAGGUGGUAGUGACGUAUUCCUCCACAUACGUGCUGGUGGCCCUGAGCAUAGAUCGCUACGACGCCAUCACACACCCGAUGAACUUCUCUGGCAGCUGGCGCAGAGCCAGACUCCUUGUGCUGUCUGCGUGGCUGUUGUCUUUUCUCUUUUCUGUGCCCAUCAUCAUCUUCUACGAGGAGAAGACAAUCCAAGGCCACCCGCAGUGCUGGAUCGACUUCCAGGAGCGCUGGCAGUGGCGGCUCUACAUGACGCUGGUGACCACCACGCUGUUCGUGCUGCCCGCGCUCAUCAUCACCGCCUGCUACACCGUCAUCGUGCUCACCAUCUGGAGCAAGAGCAAAGUCCUCACGCCGCCCAGCCGCCUCAAGAAUGGCGACCACAGAUCUGGCGAUGAUCACGACUCCAGGCGUGCCAGCUCCAGGGGUCUCAUACCAAAGGCUAAAAUCAAGACUGUCAAGAUGACUUUCGUCAUCGUGUUCGUGUUCAUCCUGUGCUGGAGUCCGUACAUCGUGUUCGACCUGCUGCAAGUGUACGACUACGUGCCGACGACGCAGACCAACAUCGCCGUGGCGUCCUUCAUCCAGAGCCUGGCGCCGCUCAACUCGGCCGCCAACCCGCUCAUUUACUGCCUCUUCUCCACGCACAUCUGCCGCAGUCUCAGGAGGAUGCCGCCGUUCGCGUGGCUGAGCUGCCUGCGGCAGCAGGGCCGCAGCACCACGAGCACCAACACGAGCAGCACGGCCGACACGCUGACCAGCUCGGCGCCCGCGCCGCGCCACCGCGCCGCCGGCUCGCUGCGCCAGCUCAACAGCGUGCACUUCUCGUCCGUGCUCUAGCUGCAUGAGUACGGCGCCCAGCCGGCCGCCGCCGGCGCGCCUCAGCACGCGAGGCGCUCCGUCAACAGGGUGCACUUCUGAGGAGGACGCGUUCCUCGCCGCGAGCAGGCUCGCCACCUCUCGCGGUACCGCUGAGUAACCUCGCACAGUGGACAAUGAAUUUCGGGUCGCAAGAGCAGCGAACACGCAGUGGGUCACAGAUUUCACACUAUCGUAUACAGGGUGAACGUUAAUAAAGCUGACAGACUGCACGAACGAGUCCCAGACUGGAAGUAGAGUACAAAAGGACCCAUGAACAUGUGCCCGGGUAGACCAUUCAUCUGGUGCAAGUCUUUCGAGUUGACGCCACUUCGGCGACUUGCGUGUCGAUGGCGAUGAAAUAAUGAUGAUAAGGACAGCACAACACCCAGUCCCUGGGCGGAGAAAAUCUCUGGCCCAGCCGGGAAUCGAACCCAGGCCGUUGUUUAUGACAUUCCGUCACGCUGACCACUCAGCUACCAGGGGCGGACAUUGUCACGGUAAUUGCCGCUGACAAAUGAAACUUCGUCUGAGCACUUGCCAUUUGUUCUUUAUGUGUUGCAGGCUGUGUGAUCGAUGCAACAUACUGUGAGCUGCAGAACGGUAUUCAUGUCGGGAACAAGAGUGUAUACCACCAAGCAGAUGGAAACGGUCGAGAGGCACUUGGCUAUACCAGAACAAGUUCCCUCACAGACACCAACCACAUCACACAACAUUUCAAGCCCUUUUUUGGGCGUUUAUGUGAUCAUGGAUCCUUUCAGUCACACGAACGUGCAGGGAGGCGGCGGACUGUGCGUACAGGAGGUUUGGAGGACUGAGUUCCACAGGACAUUGAGACGAACCCUAGCACUAGCUUCAAAUCUGGUGUACUGGCAGUUCGCUUUCUCCCUGCUCGUUAGUCCAUCUGAAAUGGCUCAUGAACCCAAACGAGCCAAAAAAGGUUUUGAAAUGCUGUGUUACGUGGUUGAUGUCUGUGAGGGUACUGGUAUUGGUUUAGCUGUGCUGCCUCUCGACCGUGUCCAUCUGCUUGACCGUACACAAACACCCUGUCGGCUUGUUCCCGACACGAAUACCAACCAUUCUGCUGCUUACAGUAUGCUACGUCAAUCAAACAGCCUGCAACGCAAGGAACACUCAGCAUAUGGUCAAGGGAACUUUCAUCCAUCAGCACCAUCUACCACAACAACAAUGCGUUUCCAGACACAUGUUCUUUGGAUCUUUUUUCCUCCAUUUCCAGUCAGGAAUCCAUUCAUGCAGUUUGUCGGUUUUAUUAAUGCACACCUUGUAAGUAAUUAAUGCUGAUCUAGUACGCAGAGGGUGUAGGUGUGUUCUGCCAGAGGAUGGUAGAUCAUGGCAUCAGAAGCUGUUCGAACACAGUACAAUCCCUUUAUUACUCCAAUAAUUCGAAUGAUAAGCUCAAGCCCAAAUCUUGCACAGCUGGAAAAUGGGCCUCGGCACACGGUCCACAGAGCAAAGUGUUGUAAUAGUUAAAUGCAGUCGGGAUGUGCCGAAACUUUGCAUAGUCAACCUCCCUGGCCAGUGGCGAGGCAUUGGCCAGGAUUGAUGUGGUACACUGACACAGCCCACCAACACCAAGUAAUAGAUGGCUGGCUGGCCAUAACUGGCGUUGGCAGGUCCCCCAUUGGU